ACCGCCGCCGCCCGCGUCGCCUGCCCGCCGCCAAGCCCCCGCCUCGGGGGCGGCUGCCCCCGGCGGAGCCUCCAUCUGCAGCCCGGCGGCGGGAGCGGGAACAUGGCGGACCUGGAGGCGGUGCUGGCCGAUGUCAGCUACCUGAUGGCGAUGGAGAAGAGCAAGAGCACCCCGGCGGCCAGGGCCAGCAAGAAGAUCACCCUGCCCGAGCCCAGUAUCCGCAGUGUUAUGCAGAAAUACCUCGAGGAAAGGGGUGAAUUAACCUUCGACAAAAUCUUUCAUCAGAAAAUUGGAUUUUUGCUUUUUAAAGACUAUUGCAUGAAUGAGAUUGAUGAAGCCGUCCCUCAGCUGAAGUUUUACGAAGAGAUAAAAGAGUACGAGAAACUGGAUUCUGAGGAGGAGCGUCUGAGCCGCAGUCGGCAUAUUUAUGACACAUACAUAAUGAAGGAGCUGCUGUCCUGUUCACACCCUUUCUCGAAACAAGCUGUAGAUCACGUACAAUCACAUUUAGCCAAGAAACAAGUGCCAGCCAGCCUUUUUCAGCCAUAUAUAGAAGAAAUUUGUGAUAGUCUUCGAGGAAAAAUAUUUCAAAAAUUUAUGGAAAGUGACAAGUUUACUAGAUUUUGUCAAUGGAAAAACGUAGAACUAAAUAUUCAUCUGACCAUGAAUGAUUUUAGUGUACAUAGAAUAAUAGGAAGAGGGGGAUUUGGUGAAGUGUAUGGUUGCAGAAAAGCAGACACUGGAAAAAUGUAUGCAAUGAAAUGUUUAGAUAAGAAGAGAAUCAAGAUGAAGCAAGGAGAAACAUUAGCCUUAAAUGAAAGAAUUAUGCUGUCUCUUGUCAGCACAGGAGACUGUCCUUUCAUAGUGUGUAUGACCUAUGCCUUCCACACCCCCGACAAACUCUGCUUCAUUCUGGACCUGAUGAAUGGAGGCGAUUUGCACUAUCACCUCUCCCAGCACGGAGUGUUUUCUGAAAAAGAAAUGAGGUUUUAUGCUACUGAAAUCAUCCUGGGUUUAGAACACAUGCACAAUCGCUUUGUUGUAUACAGAGACCUGAAGCCUGCAAAUAUCUUGUUGGAUGAACAUGGGCAUGUGAGGAUAUCAGACCUCGGGCUGGCCUGUGAUUUCUCCAAGAAGAAGCCACACGCUAGUGUCGGCACCCACGGGUACAUGGCCCCCGAGGUGCUCCAGAAGGGCACGGCGUACGACAGCAGCGCAGACUGGUUCUCCUUGGGCUGCAUGCUCUUCAAACUGCUGCGGGGUCACAGUCCUUUCAGACAGCACAAAACCAAAGAUAAGCACGAGAUCGACCGGAUGACGCUCACCGUGAAUGUGGAGCUACCAGAUUCGUUUUCUCCUGAACUGAAGUCGCUUUUGGAAGGGCUCCUGCAGCGGGAUGUUAGCAAGAGGCUGGGAUGCCAAGGAAGGAGUGCACAAGAAGUAAAAGAACAUCCUUUCUUCAAAGGCAUUGACUGGCAGCAAGUCUAUUUACAAAAGUAUCCUCCACCAUUGAUUCCUCCCCGGGGAGAAGUAAAUGCAGCAGAUGCUUUUGAUAUUGGGUCAUUUGAUGAAGAGGACACUAAAGGCAUUAAGUUGCUUGAUAGUGACCAGGAAUUGUACAAGAACUUCCCUCUGGUAAUAUCGGAGCGUUGGCAGCAAGAAGUAGCAGAAACUGUUUAUGAUGCAGUAAAUGCAGACACAGAUAAAAUUGAGGCCAGAAAAAGGGCUAAAAAUAAGCAGCUUGGCCACGAGGAAGAUUAUGCACUUGGGAAGGACUGUAUCAUGCACGGCUACAUGCUGAAGUUGGGGAACCCCUUCUUGACUCAGUGGCAGCGUCGCUACUUUUACCUCUUCCCAAACCGACUGGAGUGGCGAGGAGAGGGAGAGUCACGGCAAAACCUACUGACAAUGGAACAAAUAGUAUCUGUUGAAGAAACACAAAUUAAAGAUAAGAAAUGCAUCUUACUGAGAAUUAAAGGAGGAAAACAGUUCGUCCUACAGUGCGAGAGCGACCCAGAAUUUGUUCAGUGGAAAAAAGAGCUGACAGAAGCUUUUACCGAGGCACAGAGGUUGCUGCGCCGGGCUCCAAAGUUUCUCAAUAAAUCUCGCUCCACAGUUGUAGAGCUUUCAAAACCACCGCUCAGCCACAGGAACAGCAAUGGGCUGUAGGAGAAACCGAGAACAAAGCUCGCUUGGGGAAAGCUCCUUUGUGAACACGUUGAGCUUCACAGAAUCCUUAUGAAUUACUUUGUGCAGUCCCGGAUGCGGGAUGUGCUUAGGAGAGGACGAAUUAGAUGUUUACAGCGUGGGGCGAUGUCAGAACUCUGUGUCCGGAGGUUGUGAAGAUGACGCGUGGCAAGUGAACCUGUGCUCCUCACAGCGACCAGGCGGAGAGGCCGGGUCUUGCUCCCCGGCGGUGUCGGAACCGCGGCCCAUUCCUCUAGAACUCCUGACGGAAGGAAGAUGCUGUUUUCUCUGCAAUACCCGUGUUUGGUGCGCACCGAGCCUGCUGGCUGGAUUCGCUGGCGUGUGCGAUCCCGAUGGUGCCCGUGGCUGUGGAAGGAGCUGCAGACUUGCCGCGUUUGAUACUGGAUAACCUCUGAUCUGCCGUGUUGCCAUGUUCUUUCCAACCGUCGCUGCUGACUCUCUAAUGACCUUUCUCCAUACUGCUGAUGAUCAACAGUGGGACUCUCAUGCACUUCAAAGUACUGAAUUCUAACUGUCCUGUGGUUUAAAUGUUAUUGCUACUUCGUGGAAACAUUGAACUCGAAUUAUUCACUUGGUUUGUUGUACUCACUAAUAGUAGCUACCACCGUUUUGCUUCUUCUACGUAUAUGCAGUACUAUAACUGACACAAUAGAGUAAUAAUUGGUGAAGAGGAAUUUAUGGUAGCUUCAUCUAGUGCUCUGUUGUAUAAAUUGACUAUUUUAGCACAGUUUUUAAAGAGCAGAUUCCUUUUGACAAGUUUACAGUGAACAUAAAGACAGUUCUUUUCCAUUUCAGGUCAACUGGACUUUUUAAAAAUUAAAAAGAAAUUAUUCAAAUCCACUGCAUUCUAGUGCAUGUACUGGGUUAAAAUGUCUGGGUACCUCGGUACGGAUUCUGGAUCACUCUUCAGUGAUGGGACUUGUGGAUCCUUCUCUGUUGUACAUAAAAACAUGGAGCAAGUGUGUUCUCAUAGCGUAGAUACCCCAGACUGUCACCGUAGCUCAGCUCAGGAGGUUCGUGCACACAUCCCAUGGCUUGGCUUGCAAAAGGAGUUUUAAUUUUCUUUUCUAGAGAGUUCAAGCUGUCCGCAUUGAAAACAGUCUGAGAAUGCUGAGGAAGGAACUGACAAAACGAGCUGAUCAAAUGCCAGAUCUGUAUUAAUCCUACUUGAGACAUCAGCUGAAGCAAAGAUACAAUCUCUUAACCGUUCGGCAGCUUUAGCCAUGUGGAGUCAGCCUUUCCCUGGUUACCGGGAUGUUUUGUAAGAGAGGUCAGGGCUGAAUUUAAACUGUUUUCUGAUUCAGUAAACACCUUGGAGAACAUUUUCUGCUCAGUUACGGUGGUACAGCUCUCAUGGUCCCUGAAGACGAUGGGAGUUGCAUCUGUGUGAAUGGGAACAGAAGUUCCUCACGGCUGGUCUGGUUUGUGUUGCUGCCGGAUCACCAGAGUCCUGGACCUCUUUCCUCGUAGAAAAGUAAAAAUUGGCAAAACCAGGAGGAUUAUUCUAAAAGUAUUUAUCUUGAACACACUUGUAACAAAAUGGGAUGUAUUUGCUCCGAGAAGUGGGAGUGGUGUAGCAUGUGCUGUUACAUGUGUGUGAACUCUGCCGCAGCAGAAAAGGAAAAUGCACUUUGGAAAGUGCCCUGUGUGAGUCAGGCCAUGUCUUUUAAUGAUUAGUUUUUCUCUAAUAUUUUAUGUUGAGUUACUCUGUGAAAAGAGGACCGACUUCCCUGUCUUUCUUCCUGGUGAGUGAUGUUUGGCAUCUCAGCAUCCCGUGUAAGGAGCAGUGGUGUUCACCGCGCUUUGGAACAGAAAGUGGCUCGUCUUGCUGGUGCUGUGCCCCAGCUGUUGUGAAGCUUUUCCUAGAUUACCGCACAAUUCUUCUUGAUUUGGAAAAAAACUCGGCUUGUGACACAAAACACUCUUAGUCCUCCCAUGCUUUCUGGAUUCGUUAUCGGUUCCCUUCUCUCUCGGUUGUUUUCCACGGUUGCUUUUGAUGGUAGAUCCGUGUUCGCAGUUUUGCCGUUUCGGAUGCAGCGAGACGUGGAUUCCGGGCGCUGGUGUUUGUGAGGAGGGGAGGGACAGGUCUGCAGUUGGAAAUUGUUCCUCAGAACCACAGGUUUUAUAUGAAAGGAAGGCUGUGUAUUGACUUAGGGAAAUAUGUGUAUUUUGCCAUGCGAGGAGCUGGGAUAGCCCUAGAAGAUGCUCGUUAGUGUGGUUAUUAGUGCCUGGUCUGUACCAGACAGGGAGCAGAAUAGUAAAAGGAAUUUAAUAUUUGUUUUUCUUUAGUACUAUGGUUUAUAGACAGUUACUAUUUGUGACACAUUCGACUGUGUGUCUAUUGUAUGCAGGGAAGUUGGGGUCCCGGUAAGACACAGAUUGGGUGUGGAAGGGACUGGAGCUUCUGGUGUGGAGGGGGAGCUGGAAUUCCGCCCGUCAGAGCAAAAUGCUGCUCCAGACCAGUUGUUCCUGCGUUAUAUACCCCAGAUUCUCUGAUGUACUUUCUUUUUUCUUGGACAAAGAUUCUCAAUGAUUUUAUUUUACAUGAGGGUCUUCAGCUGUAUGUGUAGAACAUCUUGUUGAAUGCAGAGAACUUAAAGCUUGGUGGUGUCCUUUACACAUUCUGACCACGCUUGUAGGACUGGUGUUUUGUUGUGUUUUGUUUUCAUUUGUGUUUUUGUUUGUGGGGUCUUUUUAUGUUCAGGGAAGUAAAGAUAAAUCCGAGCUUUUGGGCAUCGACAGAGCUGAGUGAAUGAUUAAGCACAGAUUUUUUUUAAAACUAAAUAUCUGAAAGGCCUUUAAAAAAAAUCAGCUGUACUGAUGAUUUAAGCACGCACGGGAAUUGUCUCUUGUGUUUCAAAAUAGAGAAUUACAUGCCAGAUAGAGCCGCGUGAAGCGCUCCCUGACACAGCCACGUGCCUUCGGUGCCGCGGGGAUUGUUUGUGGUAAUUCCGUGUGUCUGGCAGUGCAGCGAGGCUGGUCCCGCACAGCGGGUGUGCGACGUGCUGUGGGGAGCUGGGCUGGGACUUGAGGGAAGCUCCAGCCCUCUCCUGGGUAUUUUCCCUUUUCCCUUGUUUCCCCUUUUCCUCCACGCCGAGGUAGGGCGGCAUUUUCGAUAUGUGGAAGUCACUGUAAAUUAAUGUCUCUCUCAAGGCAUACAGCAAAUCUCUAGCCAAAUCCAGACCUCGAUGAGUUGCAGUUUGAGUGCAGGAGAAGCAAAGCACCAGUUGUUCCUGCUGUGAGCAGAGUGUGACCGAGGAACCGGAGCUGGGCAGGAGCUUGGCCGGUGCUGUCAGGCGCCCCCGUGUCAGCUGAGAUGUCCCAUGGUUGCAGGUAUCAAUUAGGCAAUUUGUAUUGCGCAAAUUAUUUUGCAAUUUCAUGAAACUAUUAAAAGAAUAUUUGCUAUUUUUUUUAAAAUCCUUCACUUAAGCGUAGCCUCUCCAGUUUUCAAAGCAUAAAAGCUUCUUCAGGUUAGUUGCAUUUGAGUUUUUCUUCUCCCACUUUCAAUCCGGCGGGGAAAAGAAAGGAAAUAGCAUAAUCAGGUUGGUUUUGGUUUUAAUAUAAAUGCGGGUGUUUUCAGUCCAGUGCAGAGACAAUAGGAAACGUUGUGUAUUUGGUGCUAAAACGGUUGUCACCCCGGACCAGUGGCUAGAUGCUGUUGACGCCCAGAACUGAUGCGGUUUGGAUUUGUGGUUCUUUUUGUACCACGAGUAGAAUCCAGCCCCGUGCGUGUGAUGGUUCGUGCACUGAUGUUUUGUAGGUUUACAGCAAACCAGCUCACGGACCCUGAAUCCCGGAGCUCUGUGUGUUGCUCUAUUCCUGGCAGCUGAUCAGCUUUAAAUCCAGAUUCUUCUCUAAUACCGUGUACGGACCCACGUACCGCAGGCGUUCGCAGUCGCACACUGGUUUCGCUUGUCCCGACACAGCAGAUGGCAACGAUACAGUUACUUUGACUCUGAAAUGCUCACACUCUAAAUGUAUAUGGAGGAAGGACUAUUUUGAUGUGUACAGUAGAAAGUAAAUAAUUCUGGUUAUGUUGAUUAAUAUAAGGAAUGAGUCAAUUCUACAAAUUAUAGGAAAAAAAAUGAAAAGCAUAUUUUGAAAAAGCAUAGUAUUAAUUUUAAUAUUGUAAAAAAGAAAAAAAGAGGAAAAUAUCUAAAAUAUACAGAGGACAUAUGUUUAUCCAAAUGUCUGAGGAGUUUCAAGAUAAUCUACUUUUGUUUUCUGUUGAUUUCUAUGCCAUGGUGUACAUAUUGUGUGGAUUGAACAUUGGCUGUUUUAAUACUAUUGUUAAAUUGUAUUUUUAUUUUGUGUUAAACUAAUCAUCACAGACUCAGCUUUAUUUUGUUUAUGUAAAGGUUGCUAUGCUAUGUAGGUAUAAAACCAAGAAUUCUAUUUUAACAAAAAAAGCAUUUUAUAUUAUUUAUUAAAUACAUGUUUCUCCAACUUCUGACAUUCCACAGAGUUUCUGCUCCGUAUAUGUAUAGAAAUGACAGUUCCUUUCAAGCAGGAUCAGUCAGCUUUAUUCUGUUUUUCAUAGUAAAGUUGAAAUAGCUCCUGUCAGUCUGUCACCAGCACCAUCAGGACCGUCUCGAAGUGCAGUGGCUCGUGAAUGUAGAAACAUCUGAAAAACUCUUGCAAAUAAACCUCUUGGUUUGAUAUUUCUAAAUUUCCCCUUUAUUCCUCAGCAUUCCAGAGAGCGAGCUGGUAUUUACCCGAGUCCAGGCUGGGUUAGGGAGAAUUAACCACCUUAAAUUGCGGCAAGCUGUUAGCUUGGUGUUUGCAAAAGCUUGGAGAGCAGCUCGUGUGUUUGCAAAGCUCUUUAAUUGCAGGUUAAUGAGGGCAGGGCCGGAGGUGCCGCGGUCAGAGGGCAGAGACGGGCCAGCGGAUAUUGGGGAUUGCAAAAGUGUCUGUCCUGGGAAAGAGUUUUGCUGUCUCGGGCUCCUUACGUGGUUGUUGAGAACAGGCAGGAGGCCGUGAGGACCCCCUGGGCUGUGGACGCGUUCGGAGCGCUGCUGCACACCCACAGAUAGCCGACCCCGGCACCUCCUUCCCCAGCAAGGCACAAAAAUAGCACCAAAUUCAGCAGAUAACUCACUUGCUAAAAAUAAUUCCAGUUGCAGUCGUGGCCUCUGCAGUUUGAGGAAUGCUCAAGGUAUGAAAGCUCGUGCUUUUCAUGGCCGCGGUGGUGGAGCCUGGAGUUCGUGCUCCUCAGGGUUUGACCAAGUGACAUCUCAAGGGUGAUAUGUGGCUUUUGGCAGCUGGAGCUGCCUCCUCUCAUGGGGCGGCGGUGGCAGCUUUUCCUCGUAGCAGUUCUUGCCUUGUUUUCCAUUUUCCCCUUCUCUUGUCGGCCUGACAGUGUUUUAUUUCUGCGGCUGAGGAAGGAGCCGUGGGUUGCGCACCCAGAGCAAGAGGCCACAGUGGCUGUGACCCGGUGCCGGUGGGACUGUGGUAUCUCAGCAUCACCCCCCAGAAACAUGCUGCGAUCGGGACAGUGCUGAGUCCAGUGCUGCAAACCUAAUGUGCCCAAGCUGGGCUUCCUUAGGAAACCUGGAGACAGGCGCAGAAAACUGGUUCUUUGGUCCAGGGUCAGGGUUUGUCAGGCUUUGUGGAACUCUCUGUGCUGCCAGGCUGGAAAAGGAGCCAGAGCUCCUGCUGUGGACUGGCCUGGGGGUGCGGCUGGGAAGAGGCAUCUUUUCAUUAAGGGAGAGAUUGCAAUUAAAAUGAGACUGAAAAACAGAAUAAAGCGAGAGCAUCCUAGGAGAAAGGCAUUUUUACAAACACUGUUUCAGUGACUACAUUUGGUCCUUAAAAAAAAAUAAGGAGCAGAAUCACAUGAAUAGCUACUAGUGAUUUAAAGAAAUAUAUUGAAAGAGAACCUGUUUUCAAUGUGUAAUUUAAUGGUAAGAAAAGCCAGUAUCUGUAAAUAACUUUAGAUAUUGUAUCUAUGAGAAUCAUUCUUUGGUUUUAUGUACUUGGCUCUUUUCAUAUUUAUUGUGCGGAGGAGGGUGUGCCCGGUGCCGCUGCCGCGCGUCCCGGGAGUUCUCACAGACUGUCCUCAGAGUUUACAGUCCUCGGCGAUUCGUGACCGAUGUGCCACACUUAGUUAAUUCCGACUUUAUUUUUGUUUUGUUUUGUUUUUUUUAUUUUAAAGGAUUAUUUUGGCACAGCUAAGCUGCUUCUGUGUGUUGGUCAGUACAUCUGCUCUCAUAUGACGAGAACCCCAAUAAAAUCCGUCCUUUGCGUGUGU